AUGAUCUCCGCGCGUGCUUUCGUUGCGCCCUCCCGCCAAUGCUUGCGGGGACUCCGCUAUGUUCCUACCCAAGCAUCUCCCUUUGCACAAGCUCGUGGCUACGCCGCUGCUGCCGAUAAGCGCGUCGGCGCAUUUAAGGGACAGAAAGGCCCCGAUGGAAACUACACCGUUACUCUAAUUGAAGGUGAUGGUAUCGGCCCUGAGAUCUCUCAGUCCGUUAAGGAUAUUUUUGCUGCGGCCAAGGUCCCUAUCAAAUGGGAGCCCGUCGACGUUACCCCCAUUCUUAAGGAUGGACGAACUACCAUCCCCGAUGAGGCUAUCCAGAGUGUGCAGAAAAACUACGUUGCUCUGAAGGGCCCUCUUGCUACCCCGGUCGGAAAGGGCCAUGUUUCACUUAACCUUACUCUGCGCCGUACCUUCAAUCUCUUUGCCAACUUGCGACCCUGCCGUUCCAUUGCUGGCUAUAAGACACCAUAUGACAACGUUGACACUGUGUUGAUCCGUGAGAACACGGAGGGUGAAUAUUCCGGAAUUGAACACGUCGUUGUUGACGGUGUCGUUCAAAGCAUUAAGCUUAUCACCCGGGAAGCUUCUGAGCGUGUCCUUCGUUUCGCUUUCCAACACGCACAGGCCUCGGGAAAGAACAAGGUUCGCGUUGUGCACAAGGCUACCAUCAUGAAGAUGUCCGACGGUCUUUUCCUCAACACUGCCCGCGAGGUUGCUAAGGAGUUCCCCGAAAUUGAAUUUGAUGCCGAACUCCUUGACAACACCUGCUUGAAGAUGGUCACCGAUCCUACCCCAUAUAACGACAAGGUUCUUGUUAUGCCUAACCUUUACGGUGAUAUUCUGUCCGAUAUGUGCGCUGGUCUGAUCGGUGGUCUUGGUCUUACUCCCUCCGGAAACAUUGGAGAUGAAUGCUCCAUCUUCGAGGCUGUUCACGGUUCCGCUCCCGACAUUGCUGGAAAGGGCCUUGCUAACCCCACAGCGCUCUUGUUGAGCAGUAUUAUGAUGUUGCAGCACAUGGGUCUCAACGAGCACGCUGCUCGUAUUCAAAAGGCUGCUUUUGAGACUCUUGCUGAAGGCAAGACACUUACGGGUGAUCUUGGAGGAUCUUCCAAGACCCACGAAUACGCCGGGGCUAUUAUCAAGCGUCUAUAA